AUGCUGGCGGCGGGCGGCAAGAAGGGCGCGGAGGCGGCGGCGGGCGGCGAGGCCGGGCCGGAGGCGCCAGUGCCCCCGCCCGCCGCCGCGGGGGCUCUGGGCUCCUCUUCCGAUAGCGGCGGGGCUGCGGAGCGCACGCCCCGCAAGAAGGAGCCUCCGCGGGCCUCGCCCCCGGGCGGUGUGUCCGAGCCGUCGGCCGCUGGGGCCGCCCCUGCGCCCGGCGGCGAAACCACCGGCAUCGCCGAGACCCCCGAGGGCCGCAGGACCAGCCGCCGCAAGCGGGCUAAAGUGGAGUAUAGAGAAAUGGAUGAGAGUCUUGCAAACCUGUCAGAAGAUGAGUAUUACUCUGAAGAAGAGAGAAAUGCUAAAGCUGAGAAAGAGAAAAAACUACCCCCACCACCUCCACCAGCUCCUGCAGAAGAAGAGAAUGAAAGUGAGCCGGAGGAGCCAUCUGGGCAAGCAGGAGGACUUCAAGACGACAGUUCUGGAGGGUAUGGAGACGGCCAAGCAUCAGGUGUGGAGGGUGCAGCUUUCCAGAGUAGACUUCCACAUGACCGUAUGACAUCUCAAGAAGCCGCCUGCUUCCCUGAUAUAAUCAGUGGGCCACAGCAGACUCAGAAGGUGUUUCUGUACAUCAGGAACCGCACCUUGCAGCUCUGGUUGGAUAACCCAAAGAUUCAGCUGACAUUCGAAGCAACUAUCCAACAAUUAGAAGCACCUUAUAAUAGUGACACAGUGCUCGUUCACAGAGUUCACAGCUACCUGGAGCGGCAUGGGCUGAUCAACUUUGGGAUCUACAAAAGAGUGAAGCCUCUUCCAACCAAGAAGACUGGAAAGGUGAUCAUUAUCGGUUCUGGAGUCUCUGGGUUGGCAGCAGCUCGCCAGUUGCAGAGUUUUGGAAUGGAUGUCACAGUUCUGGAAGCCAGAGACCGAGUGGGAGGACGAGUUGCUACCUUUCGCAAAGGGAACUAUGUUGCUGAUCUAGGAGCAAUGGUGGUAACAGGACUCGGAGGAAAUCCCAUGGCUGUGGUCAGCAAACAAGUGAAUAUGGAAUUGGCAAAGAUCAAACAAAAAUGUCCACUUUAUGAAGCAAAUGGACAAGCUGUUCCCAAAGAGAAAGAUGAAAUGGUGGAGCAAGAAUUUAACCGCCUACUGGAAGCCACAUCCUAUCUCAGUCAUCAGCUGGAUUUUAAUGUUCUCAAUAAUAAGCCUGUCUCUCUAGGUCAGGCUCUGGAGGUUGUCAUACAAUUGCAGGAGAAGCAUGUGAAGGAUGAGCAGAUAGAACACUGGAAAAAAAUUGUGAAAACACAGGAAGAAUUGAAAGAUCUUCUUAACAAGAUGGUGAAUUUAAAAGAGAAGAUUAAAGAACUUCAUCAGCAGUAUAAGGAAGCAUCAGAGGUGAAGCCACCUCGGGAUAUUACAGCGGAAUUCCUUGUGAAAAGCAAACACAGAGAUCUGACUGCACUUUGCAAGGAGUAUGAUGAAUUGGCAGAAACACAAGGAAAGCUGGAAGAGAAAUUACAAGAACUGGAAGCCAAUCCACCAAGCGAUGUUUAUUUGUCAUCAAGAGACAGACAAAUACUUGACUGGCAUUUUGCAAACCUAGAAUUUGCUAAUGCUACACCCCUCUCUACACUUUCCCUGAAGCACUGGGACCAGGAUGAUGACUUUGAAUUCACAGGCAGUCACUUGACUGUGAGGAAUGGAUAUUCCUGUGUGCCCGUAGCCUUGGCAGAAGGGUUGGAUAUUAAAUUAAACACAGCAGUUCGACAGGUUCGCUAUACAGCAUCAGGCUGUGAAGUAAUAGCUGUAAAUACGCGAUCUACCAGCCAGACCUUCAUUUAUAAGUGUGAUGCUGUGCUGUGCACUCUGCCCUUAGGAGUGUUGAAACAGCAGCCUCCAGCAGUUCAGUUUGUGCCACCUCUUCCAGAGUGGAAAACUUCUGCAGUGCAGCGUAUGGGAUUUGGCAACCUGAACAAGGUUGUGUUAUGUUUUGAUCGUGUCUUCUGGGAUCCGAGUGUCAAUUUGUUUGGCCAUGUUGGGAGCACUACUGCAAGCAGAGGAGAACUUUUCCUCUUUUGGAACCUGUACAAAGCGCCAAUUUUGUUGGCCUUAGUAGCAGGAGAAGCAGCGGGGAUCAUGGAGAAUAUCAGUGAUGAUGUCAUUGUUGGUCGGUGCCUUGCUAUUCUCAAAGGCAUAUUUGGCAGCAGCGCUGUGCCCCAGCCUAAAGAGACCGUGGUGUCCCGCUGGCGUGCCGACCCAUGGGCCCGGGGAUCGUACUCUUAUGUAGCAGCUGGAUCCUCUGGAAAUGACUAUGAUUUGAUGGCUCAGCCAAUUACUCCAGGGCCAGCCAUUCCAGGUGCUCCGCAGCCCGUUCCACGCCUUUUCUUCGCGGGAGAACACACCAUUCGCAACUACCCCGCGACGGUGCACGGCGCGUUGCUGAGCGGGCUGCGGGAGGCCGGGCGCAUCGCCGACCAGUUCCUGGGGGCCAUGUACACGCUGCCGCGCCAGCCCGCGCCCGGCGUGCCCCCGCAGCAGGCUGCCAGCAUGUGAGGGGAGCGGGAGGCCUCAGAAGAGGGUGCGAAGCCCACAGUGCUACUGUUGUGGACUCUGGGAUGGAGAUACUCAUGUAGUCUCUAGCAGAGUCUGCUGAGAGGACCCUGAGUUACUGUACAACACUUGCGUGAGAAUGGCCUUACAGAAGCUCGCCGAACCUUUGGCUUGGCAGCCUUCUAAAAACUUUAGAGCUGUUUGAAGGGACAGUGUAAACAGAAUCCUUUACUGUGAAGCUUGGUGAGGGACUUAAAUUCUGCAGGUACUUUUUGAAAGUCAAGCUUGUAGCUGGAGGUUUUUUAGGAUGGGAUUUUUUUCUACUUGUAUGUGUACUUACAGUUCGGUAAUUGCACAAGGCCCUCUAGAAGCUGGUUGCUACAAAUAGUAACUUAGUGUAGAAUUUAUGUAAACUUCUUUGUGGUUUUUCUAUGGUUUUGUUUUGAAGACUAAUAUUUUUGACCAAUUCUAUUCCUGUGCGGUUUUGAGAAUUUGGAGCAACUGUUUACCUACCAGUAACAGCAAAUCACAUCCCUCCAAAAUGGUCCAUUGGCUGCUACACCAGCUGCAUCCUGUUGUAGAGAGUAAGUUGGUAUCACUGAGCAUGCUAAGCAUACUGUUUUAUUAAAUACUUUCAACAAAAGAAAUCUUCAGAAUUGCAUAUUUGUAAGUUACAAACUAGAAAAAAUAUUAGCAUUUGUUUAUAUAGAGAGAGAGUUGACUAGACAGGAAGUUAACUGAAAGACCUGAGUUCUUGACUUGUGCUUAGUGCAGGUAUUUACUCUGUACCUCUUGGCUUUGUUUCUGCCAGACCGAUGAGAUGAUGUUGCAACUGCCACUAUGCUUCUGAAAAUCACGUCGGUUUGGCUGCUCUUCCAUGUAUUCUCCUUCUUAUAAUUCAUCACAAGCACAAUAGAGCUUUCUUUUCAUUGCACAGAGCAGUUUUAUGUAAGCAUUUAGAUCUUUUUUCCCUCUCCUUUCUUUCCCCAUUAGCAUUAGACUUUUCUUAUUUCUUGAACUUUUCUCAUCCUCCUUUUUCUGCAGUUUAUGUCUGUCUCACCUAGCUGCGGUCUCUGUCCACACUGACUUUUCUGCUCUUCAUUGCUCCUGUUCUCAUUCUCUGACCCCAUGUCUGUAUAUGUGCAGUCUAUCCCAACUUCCUUCUGCCCUUGCACCUUCUGUUCUGAUGCCUUCUCUUGUUCCAUGCUUAUCCAUCUACAAUUACACUGCCCAUGCUUCUUUCUGAAGAAAAUACACACAGAGGCACGACUGCAGACCUUGCUCGUUUCUGGCUCUGUUGUCUUUGGCCACAGACUCUCCAUCUUCUAUCAUCAUUGCUUCUACUGUUUUCUUGUGUAUCCUUCUUUGCAGCAGGAGAUCAUUCAUCCUGACCAUGUCUUGUGGUUGCUUUCUCCUGACAUGUUGAGGUCUGUGAGCAUGUAUCUCCAUAGCCGGUCCUUCUGACAAGCCGUGAGAAAGGGCUCAUGUGGCCGGAGUAAUAGGCUGUGAAGGGGACACAGAUUUGAGGUGUCAAGGACUAAGCCCAUUGGAAGUUGGUUGGAUUUGGUGCCAUGGGAGACCCUUUAUGCCAAACCUCCCAUCUCAAUCAGUGUUACCUUCCUCAGGUCUCUAACUUAGCAAAUGUUGUUGAUACUCGAGCCCUUGGUGAAAAGGGAUAGUGUUGAGCAACAUCACUCAUUCUUGCUGUGCCUUCCAGGGACAAGAGAGACUUGUGAUGGUUGGUCAGAAAACUGUCACUGAAGGAGAGCAGGACUUGAAAGUCCAGCAAGGCAUGGAGGAGGAGUGUCUGAGGGUGACGGAGAGUAAAUGGGGAGUAAUUUGAAACUCAGGAGUCCCUGCCUUAUGCUCAUCAACACCAGGGAAACCUGUUCCAGGAUGACAGAUGUGACAGACCUUUAAAAUCCACCAACAGCUGAACUCCUUUUGGCUACUCUGACGGAAGAUGGGAAGAGAAUUGGGCUGCUAUGCCAUGUAAUUGGGUCUCCAUAUUUGUAGGGUGGUUUGCUGUUGGGAUUCAUGAUGGUGCCAUCUCUGUCGUGACAUCCUGCGUGCUCUAGCAAAGUGUCAGAAACUCUUAAAAGCACUUCAGGCCCACUAGAAAAUAAAAUAGUCCUGAACUUAAUGUAGUCAAAGAUGUCUUUUUCCAGACAAAUACCAGGCCACUUCUGCAUGGUCUGAGGCAGCUACACCAUAAGUAUCGGACUGCUGAAUCUCUGCUCAGCAACAGGAGCCAGGGCUUUCUGAGCUGUCAGUGGUGGAGGAUGCAGUGUGGAUUUGAGUGUGGCUAUGGUACUCCCAUGUGCUCUGUUGGCCUUCAUUAAGCCUUGCACACCCCCUCUAGUGUUUCCUGUGUGCCCCUCGGCCCAGACGGACCGGAAUCUCCCGAUCUCUACAGUGCUCUGUGCUUGUUUUGGGUCAGCCUCUGCUGUUGAAUGGGUAAGGAUUUAGAAUAUCACUUACCUGGGUUUUGGGGUGGGUAUGACCUGCAGGUCCUCAUGGUUGAAGUGUGCAGACUCUGCCUGUUUUAAGAAGCAGCUGAGAUGCUGCAGCUUUCAAAGAAAACAAAUUACCAUUUAUUGGCAACUCACUACAGUUCUGGAGGUAGCUGGACCAUUUGAAGAGAAAGGAUAGCCAAGUUGCUCCUGAAAGGAGGUCCUGGAGUCUGGCCUGGGAUGGGAAUGGCUGCAGCUGGUAAGAUUUUGGUAAGCCCGAGGACACUUGGAAAACCUCCACUUGAGAGCAUGGAAGUAGUGGAAGAGCACGAAGGAAACAGUAAGGGAUGGUCUUAUCUGAGCGUCCACCUCCUUCCAGGAGUCAUGUUCAAGCCUACUUGGCUUUAUCUCGUUUCUUAAGAGUCAUAGAAUCAUUAAGGUUGGAAGAGACCUACAAGGUCAUCCAGUCCAACCAUCUACCCAGCACCACCACUGUAACUCCUAAACCACAUCACCCAGCACCAGAACCAGGUGCCUCUUGACCACCUUCAGGGAUGGUGACUCCACCACCUCCCUGGGCAACUUAUUCCAAUGCCUGACCACUGGAACAGUGAAACAUUUUUUUCUAAUAUCCCAUUUGAAUCUCCCAUCUCAGCUUAAGGCCAUUUCCUCUGGUGCUCUCACCGCAGGCACGGCAGAAGAGACCAGCCCGCACCUCACUCACCGCAGCCUCAUGUCAGGGGGUUGUGGAGAGCGAUGAGAUCCCCCCUGAGCCUCCUCCACAGAAAACAAACUCAGCUCCCUCAGCCAUUCUUCAUAAGACAUGUUUUUCUAGAUCUUUCAGAGCCUUGUUGCCCUUCUCUGGACACACUCCAGUCUGAAAAGAAUGAACAGGCCUUCCCUUCCCUGUGGAGUCAAGGCUACCACCUGAUAAAAACAUGACUGCUUUAUUUGGCUUUUUUGAGGGGAAGUAGCUGCGGCCGCUGUGCCUGACUUGGUGCUGUCUGUGAGCUUGGAUGGUGUGUUAACAGAGUCUUUGGGGACUGAAGACUUUGCAUAUCCUUAAAACUCGUUUGCAUAACCUGAUGACACUACACAGAAUUCCAGUUCAAGCUGAGUGCAGAGAAUUGUGGCAGGUGCAGCCACUCCAGCAGGAACCAAGUCCUCCAGGCAGUGCCUGCCACUGACCUGCUGUGUUGUGGCUGGCACCAGGUGUGUGGUGCUGAUGGCCCCUCUGCCGGCUGACCCCCAUCACACCUACAUGGCAGCUGUGGUGGGGCAGAAGGUCAGACCCUGGCCAGAGAGGGUUAACUGACCACAGAUGCAGAUCAGAGUGGGCUAUAGCUCUGCCAGUUGAGUCAGCCCUCAGAGCAGCAGGUGGGGCUGGGACCUUCCCAUGGGUUGGGAUGCCACUCAAGGGAGCUCCUCAGAGUCAGUAGCCUUCACCUUCUUAGGUGAGUGAGAGCACAUUCUGGGUUACUCUUGUAAUAUCUUGAGAAUUCUUAACUCAGGCCAUAUGAAUUCCACUGGACAUUGUGAAUCUGUAUUCCAGUGUUGGCAGAGCUUUAAUUGGUUUAUUUGGUUUCACUGGUUUAUAAAAUAAAUCUUGCUUGAAUAUA